AUGCCGUUAGAACUAAGCUUGGUUGGUGUGUUUUUGGACCAAUUCAGUCAAAUGGUAGCGCCAGAAGUAUUAAUUGUCAUAACAUUAUUAUUAGCAACAUUGAAAGCGUAUCAUCAUCAGCAACUAGCUUCGUCACAAAAGAAAGUAUACACGACAUUGCAGAAAUUCUGCGUAAUGUAUCUUCAUGAUUUUACAGAGCCAAAACUUGCUGACUUGAAGGUGAAUGAGCCAGAUUCCGAGGAAAUUUCGUUUGAAGAUCGCAAAUUCAUGCAGUUAAUGAAAAAAGAGACUAAGUAUGAAGAUGGACACUAUAUCUUGCCAUUACCAUUAAAUGACCCAGAAAUUAUUCUACCAAACAAUCGCAAACAAGCAGAACGAAGGUUAGAACAACUUAAAAGGCGUUUCAAAAGAAAUGACAAGUUUUUCACAGACUGCAAGAAAUUCAUGGAAGACAUGAUAACUAGUGGGUUUGCGAAACAAUCGGAUAAUCCACCUCCAGAAGGAAAAACAUGGUAUAUCCCACACCACGGUGUAUAUAAUGAAAAUAAACCUGGCAAGAUCCGAGUUGUGUUUGAUUGUGGGGCUGAGUUUGACGAGGUUUCAAUCAACAAAAUGUUAAUGUCUGGACCUGAUCUAACCAAUCCACUUGUAGGAGUUGUGAUGAGGUUUAGAGAAGAAUUAAUUGCAUUCAUGGCAGACAUAGAAAAAAUGUUUUAUCAAGUGAGAGUUUCUGAAAAGCAUAGAAAUAUGUAUCGUUAUUUGUGGUGGCCACAAAACGAUAUCAAUCAAGAUCCAGUAGACCAUGAAAUAAGUGUUCAUGUGUUUGGAGCAGCAUCAUCCCCUAGUUGCAAUGAUUUAUUAAAGUCUGUGAGGGAAAGAAAAGUGGCGAUUGAAUUAAUAAAGCAGGUAUUAAAUAUGUGUCAAGCAGGAGGAUUUAACCUUGUGAAAUUUGUAUGUAAUGAUUCCAACGUUUUAGAAAGUCUUCCAGACGACAAGAAGAAGAUUUCAUCUUUACCACUCGAUAUUAACACUUGUAGUGACCCAACUAUGGAAAGAGCCCUUGGAAUUUCGUGGAAUUUGGAAAACGAUUGUAGAAGAAUAAUCCAACAUCUGUGUUAUGACAACUUUGGUUGGGAUGACAGAGUACCAGUAGACGUUGUGGAGAAUUGGCAUAAGUGGAUAAGUAAUGUUAGAAAGUUAGAAAAUGUCAAAAUAAAUCGAUGUUUCCAUCCAAAAGAUUUUGGAGAAAUAGUGAAGUCUGAAUUACAUCAUUUUUCUGAUGCAUGUAGUAGUGGUUAUGGUCAGGUGUCUUAUUUGAGGAUAAAAAAUGAAAGAGGGAGGAUACAUUGUGCCUUUGUAUCUGGAAAAUCAAGAGUGGCCCCAAAGGAGUUUAUAUCAAUACCACGUUUGGAGUUAACCGCUGCUGUUUUGUCGAUCAAGAUGUCCAAGGUCAUAAAGAAAGAAUUAACAUAUCCCAUAAAUAAUGAAUUCUUCUGGACGGAUAGUCAAGUCGUUCUGAGUUACAUUUGUAAUUCAGAAAAGAGAUUUAAAAUUUUUGUGGCAAAUCGGAUUCAAAUCAUUAAAGAUCACUCAGAUGUUAAUCAAUGGGCUGAUCAAGACAAGGCAGAAAUUUGGUUUAAUGGUCCAAGCUUUCUUUGGCAGCCGAGACAUGUUUGGAAACAACCUGAUGUUGCUGCAGAAAUAUCGGAAGAUGAUCCGGAAGUUAAGAAGUCUGUGCAUGUUAACAUGAAUACCAUCCAGGAUGACGUGUUGUCAAGAAUUGAAAACAGCUUAUCAAGCUGGGAAAAAGCAAAAAGAGUAGUAGCGUAUGUUUUUAAAUACAUCUUUAUAUUACGAUAUCGUGUUGAGCAACGGAGACAAGAACAAUCAUUGUUAAAGGUUGAUUAUCCACAUCUUAAACAUCUUAGUGUCGACAUGAUGGAACAUGCAGCAUCUAAAAUUAUCAGUUUACUGCAAGAAAAAUAUUUUGCAUCAGAAAUCGAUUCUCUGGAAAGGAAAUCAAAUUUAAUCUCAUCCAGCACCAUAUAUAAAUUAAACCCAUUUGUUAAUUCUCAUGGAAUAUUACGUGUUGGUGGAAGGCUAAGAAACGCAAAUUUUGACGAAAACGUAAUCCAUUCUAUCCUUCUGCCAAAAAAUUCGAAGAUAACAGAAUUAAUUGUUCGUUGGUGUCAUGAAAAGGUAGCUCACAGUGGAAGAGGAAUGACCUUAAAUGAACUUCGUGGAAAUGGAUUUUGGGUAAUAGGAGCCAACACAGUUGUACGUUCUCUUAUUAACAAAUGCGUUACAUGCCGUAGCUUAAGAGGUAAGGUUGGUAAUCAGUUAAUGGGCAAUUUACCAAAAGAGGGAUUACAAUCGGAGCCGCCAUUUACGUAUUGUGGAGUUGAUAUGUUUGGUCUCUUUGUAAUCAAGGUUAGGAGGAAUGAAUUAAAAAGGUAUGGAGCAAUGUUUACAUGUCUUAGUAGUCGUGCUAUCCAUAUUGAAAUAACAUCAUCAAUGGACACAGAUUCAUUUAUACUCGCAUUAAGACGUGUUAUUGCCAGAAGAGGAAACAUUAGAACCAUGAUUUCUGAUAAUGGAUCAAAUUUUGUUGGAGCUCAGUCAGAACUACGCAAAGCAUUUGAAGAAAUGGAUCAAAAACGUGUCCAAAAUUUUUUAUCUAACCAUGGUACAGAGUGGAUAAUUUGGAAGAAAAAUCCUCCAGCAGCUAGCCAUAUGGGGGGAGUAUGGGAACGACAAAUACGUUCAGUAAGAUCCAUAUUGACCGCACUUUUAAAGACUCACGCAGUUUCUCUCAAUGAAGAAUCACUAAUUACCUUGAUGACUGAGGCUGAAGCAAUUGUUAAUUCCAGACCUUUGACUGUUGAAACACUAAAUGAUGUCAACAGUAUGCAGCCAUUAUCCCCAAGUCAACUUCUUACAAUGAAGAGCAAGGUGAUAAUGCCACCCCUGGAUCAUUCUCACGACCUGAUCUAUAUAGUCGCAAACAGUGGAGAAGAGUCCAAUACUUGGCGAACGAAUUUUGGGACAGAUGGAGAAAAGAAUUUGUGA